AUAAAUGGGAGUUUAUUGAGAAGGGGCAGGUUUCCGGCAGAAAGACAGCCGAGGUUUGCCCGCGCGUAGACGAAGGGGAUUUAUGCUUCGCGAGGGGGGAAUAAUCCCAGAACGGCAGCAGCCAUGGAUGCGAGGAGCGACCCGGAGGUGAGUGAGCGGCUUGCGGACAAACAUGACUGCCAACAAGUGUUCGAAGGCUGUGCCUCGAGCAGGAGGGGGUAAAGCUCCCCAGGAAGUCCCCGACAGGUGCCGCUCCACAUCGGCGUCUCCUGUUCUCGCUGCCAGUCAGCGGCCGAGCCAGCAGCCUGUCCUCAGCGACGGGGAGAACUCGGGGAAGCAGAGACGCUACGCCAGGACCGACGGCAGGUUCCUAGCGCGCGCUGAAUGGAGCAGCAAGACCUUCUGCGGCGGUGCGGCGCUCACUGGUGACACCGACUUCCGAGGCGGUCUCACCAAGUCAAAGAGCAUCAGCUGUUUGGACAACCGGCUCUCCAUCUACAAGCCUCAGGCCCCAACCAAAUCCUGCCAGGAAAGUCCAGGCGCCCAGGAGCAACUAGGGGAACCCUCCAGGGGCGAUGGACUAAACGGCAGGCCCCUGAGUUGGAGCACACUCUCCCUGGGACCUUCCUCGAACCAAAGCCACAAGAGCACUCUCUCUCUGCCCCGCUCGGGAGCGGGUGUCCCCCCCACCGCCAUCCGCAAAAAGAUCUCAGAAUGGGAGUGCCGCAGGGCAGCUCUGCCUAGGAUGAGCUUGUGUGUCGAUAAAAGAGGAGAGCGUGUAGGGGGCAGCGAGGGCUGCCCCAGCCUGCUCUCUUCUCCUUGUAGCGAGAAAACCUUUGACUUCAAGGCUGUUCGCAGGAUGAGCACGGCUUUCUCCGAAUGCUCCUACACAGAGGAAGAGGAAGGGGUUUCCGACAAAGAUGGCGUGGGCCGCUUCAAGAAGAGGAUUGGGAAGACGGAGUCCUCGGGAACAUUCGUGCGCUCCCUGUCCGCCCGGAAGGAGACGUCGGCGGUUCUCAACAGGAUACAAAAGAUAGAGCAAGCCCUGAAGGAGAACCCCAGCCCGUCCCCUCCACGAUAUCUGAGCAAUUGCUAUGCUCCCGACAAGACAAGACAAAAGUCGUUUGUGAUAGGCGACGACUUGGACAGCACUUGCACCAGUAAGCGCAGCAGCAUUUGCUCAGUGGCCACGGAACCGGAUGCCGUUUUGGUGUCCGAUAAGCUCUGUAAGCUCAGACAAAGGUUUAGCAUGUGCUCGGGCAGGUCCGAGAGCCCGGAACCACCGGGCCACCCGGCCGCUGUCGGCACGCCCGUCAACCCCUUACCUAAACCCAAACGCACUUUUGAGUACGACGCCAAGCGGGACCAGGAGGGCGAGUCGCCGGGCAACGGACUACCUCCAAGCAAAGCCCCCGAGUCCCCCCCCCCGCCGCUGCCCUUGACCCCUGCGCCCAGUGUGAAUCGAAUGGGGAAGACGGAGCGGAGCCCCCCGGCGAGACCGCAGGACAGGGAGUCAUGUGAGUCGGAAAAUGCUACGAGUAGUCUGCCUUCUUCUUAUCCGUCCUCACCUACAGAGAACGGCACACUGACCACAGGCACACGGAGUCGGCCCAACUCCAAAGGCACUUUAGAGGAGAAUGCCUAUGAAGACAUAGUAGAGAAGGAGAACCCGUAUGAGGAUGUUGACCUGAAGCGGAAGAGUUUGGGUCGGAAGUCAUGUCUGCUGGAGAGCAACAGAUUGUGGACCACCAUGGAUAGGAAGCCGAACUCUCCGCCUCAGAAAGGCCCAUCUGCACAUUUUGAUCCGUCGCUUAAACGCAGCAGCACUUGUAUCCCUAUAAAAAAGUUGCCCUCCAAACCCAGUAGCCAGUCCCUUCGCCUCCCUGGUCCAAGUGACAGGAAGAGCCAUCGCAUGUCACAGUUGUCCAAGCGCUACAGCCACGAUGAAAUGCUGCUUCCCUCUCAGCGGGGUGGAUCUACGUCACCUUGUGGCCGGCUGACGGACGAAAGCCUCUGUAGCGCUAGUGAUACUUUGGCCUCACACAGGCACUGGAGGAUCCCCAAGCUCGUCCAGCGGAUCAACUCCAUUUACUGCACUAAACGAGGGAAGAAGAGGCUGAAGAAGCUGAACAUGUCCAAUGUUGAGACGGCAUCGCUGAGAGAUGACAACAGUGAGAGUGAGAGUGACUCUGAUGACAGGUUCAAAGCUCACACCCAGAGGUUGCUGAAACUGCAGUCCAUCCUUCGACGGGCGCCCAGCUACCGCACGCUGGAGCUGCAGCUCAUUGAAUGGCAGGAGAGAGAACUCUUUCAGUAUUUUGUGGUCGUUUCUCUGAAAAAGAAACCCAGCAAAAACUCCUACUCCCCGGAGGUCACCUACCAGUUCCCUAAGCUAGAGAGACCCACCAAGCAGAUGAGGGAGGCCGAACAGAGACUCAAAGCCAUACCUCAGUUUUGUUUUCCAGAUGCGAAGGACUGGAGUCCUGUGUCUGAGUACACCAGUGAGACUUUCUCCUUCAUGUUGACUGGAGAGGACGGCAGCAGGAGGUUUGGUUACUGUAGACGCCUGCUGCCCACUGGGAAAGGACCUCGCCUUCCAGAGGUGUACUGUGUCAUCAGCAGACUGGGCUGUUUUGACUUGUUCUCUACGAUCCUGGAUGAGGUAGAAAGGCGUCGAGGCGUCUCAGCAGCCCUCGUCUACCCCUUCAUGAGGAGUCUAAUGGAGUCCCCCUUCCCUGCACCAGGGAAAAUUAUCAAAGUAAAGACCUUUCUGCCCGGUGCAGGAAAUGAGGUCAUCGAGCUGAGGCGGCCCACAGACUCCAGACUGGAGCAUGUGGACUUCGAUAGCCUUUUCAGUUGUCUCAGUGUGCGGCAGGUGAUACGAGUGUUUGCCUCGCUGCUGCUGGAGCGCCGGGUCAUCUUUGUGGCUGAUAAACUCAGUACCUUGUCCAGCUGCAUGCACGCAGUGGUGGCGCUGCUCUACCCUUUCUCCUGGCAACACACCUUCAUUCCCGUGCUGCCGGGCUCCAUGUUGGACAUUGUUUGCUGUCCCACUCCCUUCCUGGUGGGGCUGCUGUCCAGCUCUUUGCCAAAGCUGAAGGAGUUGCCCGUAGAAGAGGCGUUAAUGGUGGACCUGGGAACUGACCGAUUCAUUCGACAGAUGGACGACGAGGCCUCGCUGUUACCACGGAAACUUCAGGCGGCUCUUGAGCAAGCACUGGAGCAGAGGAAUGACAUCAUCAGCCAGGACUCGGACAGUGAGUCAGACGAAGAGUACAACUCCUUGAACAGCCUGGUGUCAGAGGCUUUCAUCCGCUUCUUCCUGGAGACCAUCGGACAUUACUCCUUGUUCAUCCCUCAGAACGAGCGCGGAGAGCGCAUUUUCCAAAGAGAGACCUUCCGUAAAUCGGUGGCGUCCAAAAGCAUCCGUCGUUUCCUGGGUGUCUUCAUGGAGUCGCAGAUGUUUGCUGGUUUCAUUCAGGAUCGGGAGCUGAGGAAGAACCGGGCUAAAGGAUUGUUUGAGCAAAGGGUGGAUCAGUAUCUGGAGGAGCUGCCAGACACAGAGCAAAGUGGAGUCAACAAGUUUCUGAAAGGCCUCGGAAGUAAAAUGAAGUUUCUCCACAAAAAGAACUGAGGGGAACUCCUCAUGUUUUGAGUCUUACAACAAACAGAAGACCUGAAGUCUCAAGUCGCUGCAUUGUGAUGAUUCUCACCUUUUUAACGCUUUCCUUUGUUUUUUAAAUGUGUACAUAUUUCACUGUAAGCUGGCUGUGAUAUUCUUCAGUGUAUGUUUAUAGUUCCUUAUGAGAUAGCGACAGUAAGACGGAGCUCAGUGAGUGAGCCGUAGAGUAACCACUGAUGUCAGGUGUUCUUGUGAAGAGUGUUAUCAGGGUGUGUGAGUGUAUGUGACCUGACAGGUUGUAGAUGUACAGUCCAUAUGGUUUUAGUUUCGCAAUAUUUCACCAGCCUUGUCCUCUGUUUAAGGAGUGUGGAACCGCUUUGAAAACUGUACAUGCAUCAAGACAAUGAAGAAAAUGAUUGUAACUCAUCAUUGAGCCUUUGCAAUCUUUUAUUAAAAAAUUGUAUAAAUUCUUCAAAGUGCACUAUAUUGAGUUUACUUGUAAUAAGCACGUUAUUAUUUGUGUUGUUAACUGUUGCUUAAAGGUCAAACGUUUUUUUCUUACCGACACUUCCCAGUCAUAUCAGCCAAAACCACUUAUCAAUAAAAACCUUACAGAUGUACUCAUCAGCCUUUAUUUCUGACAAAACGAGACCCAAAGCAUAUAGACGUCCAUUUCAAUAACCAAAAUACUUAAAUUACAGUUCGCCGGAUGAUAUGAAGAAUCUUCUCCUUUUGCAUCCGUCAUCUCAAUGACAGCUUCCCCCAAAGCUAUGCAUGAGGGGAGGUUGGUGGGAUCCCAAAAGGCACAGUUAGUCUGGCACCAGCUCCCACAUGCUGCCGGCAACCUUAUUACGUC